UGGCGCUGGCGCGGCCGCGGGCCCGGGCAGCCGAGGUGCGCGGCGCGCGGUGUCGCAGGGCGUGUCACGAGGUGAGCGGGUGAGGCCGGGGGAGGGACGCCGAGGCGCGGGGCUCGGCGCCGCGUCCCCGCCCCCGCCGCAGUCGCGGCCUCUCCCGGGGAAGAUGGCGGAUCGGGCGGAGAUGUUUUCGCUGUCCACCUUCCACUCGCUGUCGCCGCCCGGCUGCAGGCCUCCCCAGGACAUCAGCCUGGAAGAGUUUGACGAUGAAGAUCUGUCCGAGAUCACUGACGACUGUGGCCUGGGCCUCAGCUACGACUCGGACCACUGUGAAAAGGACAGCCUCUCGCUGGGGCGCACGGAGCAGCCCCAUCCCAUCUGCUCCUUCCAGGACGACUUCCAAGAGUUUGAGAUGAUCGAUGACAACGAAGAGGAGGAGGAGGAGGACGAAGAGGAAGAGGAGGAGGACGACGAGGAGGGCGUCAGGGAGGGCAAGGAGGGAGGUGGCCCUGGCUCCGAGGCCCUUCACCCUGAGCCGCUGAUCCCCUCCCCUUCGCUGGAGGAGCCCCACAAGCACCGGCCCAGCACUCUCCACCUGACCACACUGGGAGCCCAGGACUCCCUGAACAACAACGGCGGCUUCGCCCCUGCAGCCCCAGCCUCCUGGCAGGAGACUGUGCCGUGUUCGCCUCCCCAGGAGCCCCUCGGAGAGCUCCCCGGCCCCCUCCCGCCCACCGCUGCGGGGCCCUGUGAGGCGCAGGCACCGCUGCCCCCAGGGUGCGACUGUGAAGGGAACCGGCCGCUGGAGCCCCCGGCGCCCGGCGGGGCCUCGCCCGCCUCGGAUCCCGGCAUCGAGGCCGACCUGAGAAGCCGCUCCAGCGGGGGCCCUGGGGGACGGCGCAGCAGCCAGGAGUUGUCAUCGCCGGGCUCCGAUUCCGACGAAGCCGGCGCUGCGCGGCUGGGGCGCAUGAUCUCGUCCAUCUCGGAGACGGAGCUGGAACUGAGCAGCGACGGGGGCAGCAGCAGCGGCCGCUCCUCCCACCUCACCAACUCCAUCGAGGAGGCCUCGUCGCCUGCCUCGGAGCCCGAGCCGGAGCCGGAGCCCCCUCACGAGCCCCCGCGCCGGCCGGCCUUCCUGCCCGUGGGCCAGGACGACACCAACAGCGAGUAUGAGUCGGGGUCCGAGUCGGAGCCGGACCUCAGCGAGGACGCCGACUCGCCCUGGCUGCUCAGCAACCUGGUGAGCCGCAUGAUCUCCCAGGGUUCCUCGCCCAUCCGCUGCCCGGGCCAGUGCCUGUCUCCCUCGCCACGCCAGCCUGGGCCGCCUGGCAGCACCGCUGAGGACUCCCGGGGCCCCGAGGCUGGCACAGGCACAGGUGGCGUGGAGCUGGUGGACAUGGAGACGCUGUGCGCACCGCCGCCCCCUGCACCCGCCGCGCCCCGGCCCGACCCCGCGCAGCCGGGGCCCUGCCUCUUCCUGAGCAACCCUACCCACGACACCAUCACGCCGCUGUGGGCUGCCCCGGGCCACGCCACCCGCUCAGGCCGCACCUGCUCAGCCGCCUGCUCCGAGGAGGAGGACGAGGAAGACGAGGACGAAGAGGAGGACGAAGACGAUGCCGGGGACCCCGCAGGGCGGCCGGGGGGCCGAGGCACAGGCCCUGCGGUGCCGCCGCUGGACGCCUCGCUGGUGUAGGGGGAGGCUCCGGCGGGGCGAGGUCUUUUCCGGUGAACCCCAGGUGAGCCAGGGCUGGUGGGGCGGCCACGGGGUCCCUGCGGGAAGGUCUGCAGGUGCGGGGGCGCCCAGGGCAAGCCCGGCGGGAGCUUGCGGAGGCGAAGUGGAAGCAGACAGGUGCCCGGGGACGCCUCUCCCGACAGCCCCGACCUCACCUUCUCCAAGAAGUUCCUGAACGUCUUUGUCAACAGCACCUCUCGGUCCUCCAGCACCGAGUCCUUCGGCCUCUUCUCCUGUGUGGUGAACGGGGAGGAGAGAGAGCAGACUCACCGGGCCGUCUUCAGGUUCAUCCCACGCCACCCGGACGAGCUGGAGCUGGACGUGGACGACCCGGUGCUGGUGGAGGCCGAGGAGGACGACUUCUGGUUCCGAGGCUUCAACAUGCGCACGGGAGAGCGUGGUGUGUUCCCCGCCUUCUACGCCCAUGCGGUGCCCGGCCCUGCCAAAGACCUGCUGGGGAGCAAGCGGAGCCCCUGCUGGGUGGAGCGCUUCGACGUGCAGUUCCUGGGCUCCGUGGAGGUGCCCUGUCACCAGGGCAACGGCAUCCUGUGCGCAGCCAUGCAGAAGAUUGCCACUGCCCGGAAACUGACCGUCCACCUGCGCCCUCCUGCCUCCUGUGACCUCGAGAUCUCUCUGCGAGGGGUCAAGCUGAGUCUGAGUGGAGGAGGGCCUGAGCUCCAGCGCUGCAGCCACUUCUUCCAGAUGAAGAACAUCUCCUUCUGCGGCUGCCACCCCCGCAACAGCUGCUAUUUUGGCUUCAUCACCAAGCACCCGCUGCUGAGCCGCUUUGCCUGCCAUGUCUUCGUCUCACAGGAGUCCAUGAGGCCCGUGGCACAGAGUGUGGGCCGCGCCUUCCUGGAGUACUACCAGGAGCACCUGGCCUACGCCUGCCCCACGGAGGACAUCUACCUGGAGUAGCCGCCUGCCUUCCCGCCCCUCAGCCUGGGCCCAGCCGGCGGCUUUGGCGAGGACUGGACUGGGGGCACGUGAGGCCUUACGUCUGUGGGAGUCUCGGGGCCGCAGUGCUCGUCCUAGAUCCCCGGGGCUGAUGGAGCCCCUGUGCCCCCCACUUUUCCUCUGAUCGUCCCUCGUCACCCCCUUCCCUCUCUGUGCCUGCAAACCUUGCCCUCUGCUCUUUCCUUUGGGGUCAGAACUUCAGGAGGUGUGGAGGGAGGCAAGGCUCUGUUGGUGCCGGUGACACCAGGCACCCAAAUGAUCCCCUCCCCCGUGAUUUAUAAAGGAAUUUUAAUUUUUAUAGUAAAUCUCCAGGGGUCAUCCCUUCCGUGACCUCGGACAAAGAGAGGCCUCCCCCACCCCACAGGGAGCGCAGGGGAAGCAGGGGUUCCGAGGGAGUGUGGGGCAGCUCGAGUGGCCCCUGCUGCUACCCAGGCCCCGGACUCUGCUGGGAGGGUCCUCCUCCGGCCCCACACCGUCAUCCGCUUGCUGCUGCUAACGUGCCCUGCAGCCCAGUGCGCUCCCCACGCAGGCCGCUCGCUGCCGUGGCCUCAAUAAACUCUAUGCUUGGUGUGACCCUGGCUGUUUGUAAGGGGUGCCCAGGUAUGGGGCCAGGUGCCUGGGUGCUGCCCAGGGCAGUGGGGAGGGAGCCCUGCAGGGCUUCCUGAGAUUGCACAGGCUCUGCGGUGCUGCCUGGGGCCUCGGCUGAAGCUCCACGGAGGAGGCACCCCAGGGCCUCCCCAGUGCCCCGCUGCUGUCUGCAGAGGGGCUGAGAUGGGAGUGCAAGCCUUGGCCACAGAUGCGGGCGCCCUGGGCUGGGAGCUGGUGGGGCUCAGAGGAGUGUGCCUGAGUGUGUGUGUGGGGAGAGGCAUGAACUUCUUGGAAAACAACCUACUAAAUGUUAAAGUUAGAAUUAAAAAAUUCCUCAUGGAAAGCCAGGAGAAAACAGAUGAGUCUUUUUGUUAGGCCCUUAGACAACCCAGCAAGGCCCUUGGGACCCCCAGGUGCGCUCCAGGUGGAGCACCUGGUAGCGUGGCAGUCGGUCCCCGAGGGUGGCCUUGGUCCCUCCCCGAGCGCAGGAAGACAGCAGGUGUAGCUGUGGAUGGCAGCGUCACAGAGGGAGGCACAGGCAGUCACUGUGCCUCCCCCAGGAGCCCCGUGAGCCGACAGGCAGCGUUGUGGCGCCGGGUCCUGCCAGGCACCACCCGUGCACGCUGGCCAGGGGAGCGAGCUCAGGCUGGCCGGCGUACGGUGGCCAUCCAGCUUUUUAACCAGCGUGUCAGAAACUCCUGGAAUCACUCUGAAGGAGGAUGGGCGUUUGUGAGACCCCUGCCAGUGACAGUAAGUGAAGAGAAGGCCCCUGGCUGUGUCCAGUUGGAACUAAGAGGGGCAGCAGCCGCUCACCUGCCCUUACCCCCUGCCUCUCACUCCAUCCACGCUCAGCCGUCCUGGCCCCUGCAGGCGUCUGGUGUUGCCGUCAAGGUGACCUUUCCCACAGGGUGGCCCUGAGGACAGCAGCUGGACAUGCCCAGUGCCUGUGUGCCCAGCUCCUCCCACCUCUCCACUUCCUCUCCCGGGCCUCCUGGUUCCCUCCAGGGCCCACCCUGGGCUGGGUCCCGGGUUCUCAUGGGCUUUGUCACCGACCCCCCAGACGUGGGAGCGUCUGUGUGCCGAGGGCCCAUGCCCCACCCUGUGCUGCACCAACUCCCAGCUGCAGCUGGUCUCAAGGGCCCACCCUGGGCUGGUCUGAGAGCUACCGGGAAGGGUGCUGUGGAUGCCAGUGUCACUGCGGCUAAGAGCAGCCCAGCCGGCCCUCGCCCUGCUUGCCCAGUUGUUCCUGAGCUGCUGACCCCGACCCUCAUCCUACCUGUUCCGCGCACUCUCCCCCGCUGCCCCACCACCCGCACCCAGUUUCCUCCUGGAUCCUUUUUUGUGCCUCUGAUGGCCUCCUCCCUGCUCCCACCUCCUCCUGCAAAUCCACCUGGGCUUGCCUCCAGCCCAGGAAUGCUCCGCAAACGCCCGAGCGGGUCGCUCUGCUCCCCACUGCAGCAGCCUGGCCCCCGGCCCCUGCUUCCGGCGAGCACCUGCUUUGUUGCGCUGGGCGUCCUCCUCGUGGCGUCCGGUGGUCCUGCCCGAAGCUGGUGUCACGCCUGGUCCUUGCCCCGGGACUGACUGCUGGAAAUCCACUCCAGGGGUAGCAGCCCCCACACCAAGCUUUCUGUAGGAAAGUUUCGCUGCAUUCUUGUCUGAAAUGGUGAAAGCGUAGUGAGGAGGUGCGCACCCUGGCAGUGUAGUGCCUGGGCUUGAUGCCGGCUCCGGCUCCGGCUCCAGCUUCCUGCCGAUUCAGCCCCUGGAAGGCAGCAGUGAUGUCUCAAGUACCUGGGUCCCUGCUGCCCACUUGGGAGACCUGGACUGGGGUCUAGGGUCCUGGCCUCAGCCCAGCCCUGCCUUGGCUGUGUGGGCAGGCGUUUGAGGAGUGAGCCUGCAGAGGGAACGUCUCUCUGUUUCUGUACUUGGCUCUCCACAUUUUAAAUACAAUGAAAGCAUAACAGUAAUUUAAAUAUUGACCGAGAGAGUUAACCAAAUUAAUGUAUAUUUACCUAACUGAAGCAUUAGGCAGAUGUGAAAGACAGUGUGCUUGCUAACAUUUUGUAGUAAUACAGACGUAUUAUGAUGCUAUCAGAAAUAAACAUGUAGACUCGUG